AUGUCUAAUGCUACUCAAAUUUCUUUACCUUUUUUUCAAUUACUAAAAAAACCAAACAAAAAAGAUUUAUUAUGUCAAAAUAUAGUAGAAUGGAUAAGAAAUAAUGGUGGAGAUACUUGUGGUAUUGAAAAGAUGAAAGUAAGAGCAAUAUAUCCUCCUAAAGAAUUUGAGAAAUUUUUUAAUAGAUCAGAUCCAUCAAAAAAAUCUCAAUUUACUUGGUUAUUUCCUUUAUUAGAAAAAUUUUCUAAAUGUUUAGUUGAAUAUUCUACAUAUUUGCAUGAACAAAAUAUUGAAAUAAGCAAAAAUCAUCAAUUAGAAAUUCCAGUUAGAUUAUUAGAUGAUUCUAUUAGCAUUAAAGUUUAUGAUG